AUGCCUCCGCCCGCACGGCCCCUCAUGAAUAAUUGCAGUGGCGGACCGGGGGUGGCAAGGGGGUGGCAGUGCCUCGUGGGCCGGCAUGGGCGUCGCAGCGGGCGGCAGCGGCGGCGGGCGCUACCAGAGCCGGCGGCGCGCUACGGCUUCCCUCCAGACUUCUGCGCCGCGCGCCGGCAAAGAUUGCCGGCCAGUCAGCCAGGGGGCGAGGCCAACUCCAGCGCCGCCCCGCGGGUGAAAUCGGGCCGCCAACUUCCUCCCGCCGUCCUGCGCUUGGUGGCGGACGCAGCGGGGGCGGCGGAGGCGGGAGGCGCGCCGCAGCGGGCGCGGGGGCAGCGGGCGCCUGGGCUCCUGCAGACGCUGCGCGGCGACGUCACGACGCCGCGCCACUACCUGGGCUUCAACGUCUGGCUGUGCCGGCUCGUUGGGCUGCUGCCACGGCCAGGCCAGCCGCUGUGGGCCACUAUCCAGCCGCUGGUGUGGUCGUGCCUGCUGAUGCACCUGCUGUGCGAGCUGGCCGACAUCGGCCUUAACAUCGCGGACGUGCAGCAGCUGGGCAAGAACCUGCCCGUCUCCAGUCUGGUGGGCGGCUCCUGGUACCGGCUGUCCUACUUCACACUCCGCAGGGACGCCUACUGGCGGCUCGUGUCCAAGGUGGGGGACAGCUUUCGCCGAGGCGCUCCCGGGCGCAUGCGUCGCUGGCUGCGGCGGUCGCGCGCCUACACGCUCAUCUACUUCGUGUACGGCACCGUCGUCUGCCUCUUCUGGCUGGGCCACCCGCUGCUCAUCCAGCAGACCACGCACACCAUGUUCAGCACCAACAGCACCAACCACAGCCGGAUGUCGGAGACGGCGGAGUUCCCCAGCGGCGCCUGGUACCCGUUCGACGUGCGCCAGCGGCGGGUGUACGGCGCCGUGUACGCCUUCCAGUGCCUGGCCAUCUACUUUGCCGGCAUGCUCAUCAUGGUCACCGACAUCAUGUUCAUCACGCUCAUGCUGCUCACCUGCGGCCAGUUCGAGGAGCUGGGAGAUAAGCUGCGAAACUGCUGGGAGAUCGCUGCCGCCAGGACACUGCGCCGUGCAGGGACCACGCAGGAGAGAGAGCUGCACAAAGUGGUGGCGCACUGCGUCCAGUACCACGACAUGCUGCUCAGGUGA